CAACAGCGGCACCGGCGACUCCAAGUCGACGCCUCCUCCUCCUCCUCCGCGCCGCCGCCGCCGCCUCCCCUCCUCCGACUCCGACCAACACACCGGUCCGGUGUGUCUACUCCCCUCGUAAGCCGCAGCAGCGCCGCCUUCCGCCGCCGAGUCUCCCCUGUCCGCUCCCUCGCCAACAACACCGGCGGCGACGGUGUCCUCACGACUCAGAUGUCUUUUGAUGCCACAACAAAGGAUUACCUGUGCUUUCUUUGGCGGGGGUGCCGCUGUCGCUUCUGGUGCUCAAUAAUAUCUCGUCAUUGGAUUUGAUGGUCACCGUUUCCCCCAAUGGAAAUGGCGCCGCUCCCUCCUGGAUACCGGUUCCAACCAACCGAUGUUCAACUCAUCCUCUACUAUCUAAAGAGGAAGAUAUUGGGUAAAAAGCUGCGCCGCAAUCCUGUUACAGAAAUCGAUAUCUACCAAUUCGCGCCCUGGGAUCUUCCUGGGAAAUCUUCAAUGCCAACUGGGGAUCUUCAGUGGUAUUUCUUUUGUACUUGCGGCCGGAAGUACCCUACCGGGUCAAGAACUAACCGUUCAAACCAAGCUGGGCACUGGAAAGCUACUGGAAAGGACAGGAAGGUGGUGUGUAAUUCUCGGACGGUUGGGAUGAAGAGGACGUUGGUGUUUCAUGCUGGCAAGGGACGCAAGGAGAAAAGAACUGACUGGGUCAUGCAUGAAUAUAGGCUGGUCGAAAGCGAAGUACUUAAUGCUCGUGUUACACUGCACGAUUUCGUUCUCUGCAAAGUCUAUCAGAAAAGCGGUCCAGGUCCCAAGAUUGGGGAACAGUAUGGCGCUCCAUUUGAGGAAGAGGAAGAGGAAGAGGAAAUGAAUGAUGCGAAUGGGGACGCUUCCUGUUUGUCCCAUUCUUCCGCACCUGGACCAAGCCAUGGUGGUGUGUUGAACUCUGUGGGUGAAUCAGUUAGUGAUGGCGCCAGGGUUUCCUUGAGCCUUUUGUCAGCAAAUAACGGCAAGAGCUCCUCGAGUGGUGUCCGUCCUGACAUGGCUUCUCAUCCGGAUGUUAACUGGGACAGGAUACAUAUACAACAGUUAGCUGAUAUUCUGGGUUGUCUCUCUACGAAUCCUGUAGGCCAAGAUGGUCCACCGUCUGAUUCAACCGCUUACCAUGACACGGAAGCAUUGUUUGACGAUAGUGAAGCUAUAUUUGACAUAAUGGACCAAGUUGUGCCUUCUUCACUGGUUAGCCUCUGCAAGCAGUGUGACUCGUGCGGCGUGCGGCUGGUCGACCCUUUUCUGGAACCGGUGGCAGGCGAACUGUACCUGGAGCUGAAUGACCUGCGGUUGUGCCAUGCCGGCCAUGUUCCAGACGGCAGCAGCCAACGGUGCAUGCCAUGAGGGCCAUCUAAUGGAUUAAGGCAACGUCCAUAGUAGCAGCGCGGCCAGUGGCACCGUAUCUGCAGCAGUUUCUGGAUCAGGGGCACCGUGUAGCUAGAAGAAGUGAGGCUUUCAUUCGUGGUUGUGCAUUAGUCAUCUGUCAAGUAAGUAAAGUGGGAUCUCUGGGGUAUGCUCGGGUAGUCAGUAGGUAGGUAGGUUUUUUUGGUCGGCAAUCGAAGGAUCUGCAACCCUUUUUUGUUGUGAUGAGGAGGCAGAUAGAUAUGGAACGUAUGAGGAGGAGAAGAUGUGAAUAUUGGGAGCGGAGGGUCCUUCCCUUGAGUUUGUCAAGUGACUGGAUGGCGAUCGCAAGUUGAGGUGUGAGUUAUAUCUACCAUGUCACGGAAUUUUAGCUAAAAAUUCAACUCACGCCUAGAGAAAAAAAAGACAAAUCGUGACAUGAAUGCUGUUAAUUUAAACUGGGCUGUGAAUUGGUCCUGUUUGCACUACCACAGCCGAAUUUGGUAUGCUUGUUUUGCCUCAAAAAAUAAAUAAAAAUGGUAUGCUUGUUUC